CAUUUUGACGCCAUUCAGUGACGUGUCCGGUGCAGAACGUGAUAGACUUGCGUUAUUGUGUUAUUAUUGUUAAAAACAUAGUAUUUACAGCGUUUUUGUUUAUUGAAAUUUGUUUUAAAUCAUGCGCGAGUUUAAAUAUGAUGUGGUACAGCUGAUCCAUGCUGUGAGGGACCGGCCGUGUCUUUGGGAUAAAACGGCGGAAGUUUAUAAGGACCGAGCAGAAAGACGUGCGGCUUGGGAAGAGGUUUUUAGCCUUUUGGACGAUGGUUAUGAGGAAAUGACGUCAGAGCAGAAACGGAUUACUGGUGAACAAAUUCUGAACAAAUGGACAAACAUUCGAGAUACAUUCGUAAAGACGCUCAAACGUUCCAAAAUGGGGAGGCCGCGAAGAAAAUAUCUCCUAUACGACCAUGUGAAAUUCCUCAUCAAAGUAACCAAUACUGAAGAGGACUUCAACGUAGAACUUAGCACAGACGACAACACUGCAUACAACAUGAAAACUGAAAGCCCCAAAGAAGUUCCAACGACAAGCACGAGAAAACGGUCGAAGAAAAUGGAGAAAAUAGAAUACAGCGAUGAAGAAACAAAGAGAAAUCAAGAAUAUGAGAGAUACGAGAACAUGGAAGCUGAUUUCGCUGAAAUAGAUGAAUGCAAUGAUCCGAGAAUAAUGAAUGAGGACGAAGCCUUCUUUGCUUCUCUUCUGCCGUCAGUUGUUAAGUAUUCUGAGGACGAAAGACUGGAGUUCAGAAUUGAAGUAUUGGCUAUUAUGAAGAAAAUUAAAGAGAAAAGAAAUUGGUAAUAAUGGGACUCAAUAGAAUGACUCAUAUCGUACAAGGAAUUAGGGUCCGAAAUAUAUCGUUAGUUAUAAAACUUAAUUAAAUCGUCAGAAACGUCAAAAACGCUGUCGUCCAUUUUGUGACGUCACAAUGUUACUUGAUGUACUAAACGUCAAACUAAUUGUUAACUUACAUGUGUGUCAAACGCUCCGUUUGUAAGGGAUGUGUUAAUGUGACGUCAUGAAACAGUUGAAAUAUAGAUCAUCAUGGCCGACAGGCGUUUUGGCUCAUAUUGUCAAAAAAAUAUUUAAAAAUUAAAAUUUUCAAGUCUCAAAAAAUAUGAUGAUUUUUUUCAAUCUAGUAGAACAUUAAUGAAAUUUAAAAAAAGUGUUAACUGGCCUAUUCUCAUGUGCAUGUCUAUUCAAUUCUCAUGUGUAUCUCUCAUACUAGACGGUUUAAAUUUGGAUGUUAGUAGAAUGUUUGUCCAUUAUUCAUUCAUUCAUCGUUUUUAUAAACGGAAUUCGAUGGCAAUCUAAGUCAAUCAAAAUAAUUCUUUGCUUUAAAUGGUUUAACUUUGUUAAAGUCGUUGCUGCGUUAACGUUGCUUUCCUUUACAAAAACACUAAGACGUUCAUGAAUCAAUGAAGACGUUAGUUCCCGGUCCUAUGGAAUUAAUAAAGAGCUAGAUUUAGCGUUUUAUUAUGUUCUGUGGUUAGUCCUGUCAACUUACUAGAUCAUCGACAAGAUUCAAAGACAAAUAUAGAAUAGAUAGAAGAUAAGCUUGGACCAUGUCAGCAAACCUAAAUUUUGUGAUUCGUGUAAAUAAAAGAAUUAUGUAAUAGAUAAGUUUUUAAUGAUCAUUUUCUGUAGCACUUUUAAAAAUAAUGUUUACACAAUAAACGUUAAUUUCGUUAAACACAUUUUUAGAUGACAUUAAAAAUAAAUCUUUUCAUAAUGAAACCUAAACAUUAUUAAGUCAAUUACAGCUAAUAAUUUGUUUUAACCUCUAAGUGAAAAAUAACAAAAACAAAUAAAUCUUCAUUACAUACAUGUAGUUUGACAGUAAUAUCGUAGGUAAACCCAUCUACAAAUAUAUAGAACAACAACAACAUACGGGGAUUAUAUAAAAAAUUCGAAUGCUUAAUUUUAAUAAGAAAUGGCAGAAAAUCUGUUUUGUAUUUUCCAGAGAAAAAUAUACAUUGAAAUCUCCAAAAAAAUGUACGAGUCCCAAAAUUGUUUUGGACAAUCAAAUUGCCUUUAGUCGGUCUUCACAGUUUUCUAUAUAUCUGAAGGAUAAAUUUUUCCUUGAAAAGGAAAUAUCCCUAAAACAAGCACUAUUUACGACUAUUUCGUUUGCACUCAACCUAGUUAAUCGAUUGUAAAAAUCUGACAGUAGCAAAAAAAUCCAUCCUCAUUUGCGAUCUACCGAUAUUUUCCGCCACUUAUUUAAUAUCAGCUAUUUUUAUGAUAUUCUCGCGACGCUGCCAAAGUUUGUAUCUACCCAUAAAGUUACAUCCUCAUCAAAAUUUCAUAUAAUAAAACAUGUAACUCGAUAAAAAGUUCGAAUAAAUUGGGGGUAGUCACAACA